AAAGCAAGAUAAAUGUGAGGCUUAAACCAGCAAGGAAGGGGUUCGGAAACUUAAGAGAAUCAGAGAACUUUGGCACUCUCAUCCACUUGCGCAGCAGUAUCUAUCCAUCGCGGGGUUAUGUUGCUGAAAUAUUUGGUACUCAUUUUCAACUUCCUGAUGUAAGACCAGUAGAGAAAAAUAGGAGAAUGGAUCCCAGAGGAAAUACUGUGGAAGCCGAAGAAAAAAAAGAUGGAGAAAAGACUAUGUCUGCUACUGACGUAACUGCAGAUCUCAGUUCUGAAAGUUGCAAAAUUUAUGUCAAUGGAGUCGAAAUUCGUCCAUUGAGAAAAAGAUUGAUUAUUUUGGACAUAAACGGCUUGUUAGCUGACGUGGUUUCUCCUCCUCCGGAGGAUCACGAGGCUGAUGUAACAAUCGAAGGAAGGGCAAAUUUGAAUUUGAUUUCAGUAUUUAAGAGGCCUUUCUAUCUGGAUUUUUUGAAGUUUUGCUUCAAAAAUUUUGAGGUUGGCUUGUGGUCUUCGAGAUUGGAGAAAUUUGUUGGUCGGGAUAUUGACUAUUUGAUUCCACCCUUCUUCAAAAACAAAUUGGUUUUCUGUUGGGAUGGUUCUUAUUGCACUCAAUUCUGGAUUUAUGAGCAGGGAAAGAAGAGUGUUGUCUAUUCGAAGGAUUUGAGGAAACUAUGGCAGAAGGAUGAUCCUAAUCUUCCCUGGAAUAAAUUGUAUUACAAUGAAUCAAAUACUCUGAUGUUGGAUGUUUGUCCUUAUAGGGGAAGGUUGAAUCCGCGAACCACCUCAGUUUACCCUCCUACAUUCAAUUAUCAUAAUAAAAACGACAACUCUUUAGCUGAAGGAGGAGAACUGAGAGCAUUUCUAGAAGGCUUGACAAAAGCUGAAGAUAUGAGAAAGUAUGUUAAGGAACACCCAUUUGGCCAAACCAUUAGUAAUGAAAAUAGUGGUCGGAUCACACGCAGUAGUAGAUAUAUUCUUGAAUAUCGGAAGGAUUAAACUUUUUUUACGUCUGAGAUGUCUUUGGAAGAGAUCCUGGUUGAAGAAAGCAAAAAUGAAGGUGUCUUGGCGGCAGGUCCAUUCUCUGGUGGGUCAAUGAACCCUGCAUAUGCUUUUGGCUCUGCAACCAUUGCAGGCUCUUUCAGAAACCAAGCAGUGUAUUGUGUUUACACUUUCUGAAUGUUGUUUAUCGUAUAAGGAAGGAUGUUAUCAGGCCUUGUGUUCAUAAAACUGCUUCUUGGUUUUAGGUACCAACACAUGGGACAGAUUUGAACUUACAGUGAUUAUUUAUUUUGUUCUGUCAGUGUCUGUUUUAGAUUUUUUUUCCAAAACUAUAGUUCAGUUCAGUUUAUACUAUAGUUAAGUGCAAUUUAGAGAUGUUUAGUUUAGUAUAGUUUAAUAGAGUAAAAUAUAGUUCAGUUCAUCGGAACUAUUUUUAAGUUCAGUUCAAGCCAAUUAAUUUUUAAUUUAGUGCAGUUUUUUAGGAGAGGAGAGGGGAGGAAUGAAGGGGUUACUGAAACUCUUCGGAGGUUUCGAGGUUGAGUUCAAGAGGCUGUAAAGGGGGAAGGAGCACGAGUAAUGUGGUUAGAGAGCUAAGAGUUUAGAAGCAGGGGAUGGAGGUUGGAGAAGAUAGCAAAGACUUCAGAGUGCGAAAUGGAAAGCGCAACGGUGGUUGCAAGGCCGAAAACAGUAAGAGAAAAAUAGCAGAAUGGAUCUCAAAGGAAAUACCGUGAGUACUGAGAAAACUGAGGAAGCCGAAGAAAAAAAGAUGAAGAAAAGACUGGCUGCUACUGACGUAAUUCUAGAUCUCAGUGCAGAAAUUUACAAAUUUAUGUGAAUGGAAUUGAAAUUCGUCUUUUGAAGAAAAGACUAAUUAUUUUAGAUAUAAAUGGAUUGUUAGCUGAUGUAGUUUCUUUUUGUUUUUAUGAAUUCAGUGUAUUUUUAUGCUAAUUUUGACUAGGUUUGAAUUUGAUUUCAGUAUUCAAGAGACCAUUUUAUCUUGAUAUUCUGAAGUUUUGCUUCGAAAAUUUUGAAGUUGACAUAUGGUCUUCAAGACUGGAAUACUCUUUAUGCAAAAGGUAUGCCGAUUUCAAAAUUUUCGAAAUCGAAACUUUAGAAAAUCAAGAUAAAAGGUCUCUUGAAUACUAAAAUCAAAUUCAAACCUAAUCAAAAUUAGCAUAAGAAUAAACCAGAUUCAUAAAAACAAAGAACAAAACAAUUCUUACUUGUCUUUCCUUCAAUUAUAUCAGCCUCGUGAUCUUCCGGAGGAGGAGAAACUACAUCAGCUAACAACCCAUUUAUGUCCAGAAUAAUUAGUUUUUUUUUUAAUGGACGAAUUUCAAAUUCCAUUCACAUAAAUUUUGGAAAUUUCUGCAUUGAGAUAUGCAAUUAUGUUAGAACUCAAACUGUGUAACAAGUGUAGCGGGAACAGAAAGGUCAAUUGAAGAUACAACUCACCAAAGACACUUGACAACAAAUCCCACUAAUCAGUGAUUAAGGAGGGGUACAAGAAACAAAAUAACUAACUCUAGGAUGGAGGAUUUUUAUUGGUCUAAAGGUCUAGUCUUUGUAUUCUUUUAGUUAAGCAAAAGAGGGGGAAUUGAUUUCUGUUUUGCUUUCUCUUUCGGUUGGGUCACUUUGUUUUUCUUACAUCAUUUGCUCUGUACAGCUAUUAAAUGGCUCAUAACACUUCUGUUUUAUGAGCAUUAAAUUUUAAUACCACUGAGAGAAGUUUCUUUUA